AUGGCAGACGCACUCUGCGGCCCUUCAAAUGCUCUACAGAACUUCCAGAAACAUGCUUCUGUAGACCGGACCCUUCAGCAGGAUAGGAUCUCUACGCGACAGUCUCCUGCUCAGGGGUUUCGAUCAAAUACGUCGUCCCAGGGACAACUAGAUGCAGCGUUCAAUGCUUUCGAAGCUGGCCACUCGGCUCCGUUGCUAGAUCAGCCCAAUAAUAUAAACACCUUCCUACCUCCGCCUCCCCAGUUCGCGCCCCAGCCGGCUGCAGACGUUUCCAGCUGGGCUACUGAUUUCCAAAACCUACAUAUUGCCGGACCGCAGUUACAGCAACCACUACAUCAGACCAAAGUUGAUACGCCUACAUUUCAAGCUAACUUGGCCGGCCGUCACCAUGAGCCCGCGCGUGGGGUACAGCAAACCCCACAAUCUUCCAUGUUCCAGGGGAGUAUGGGUUACCGACCUGGAAUGGGCAUGUUGAGUAAUCCCGGAUUUGCUCGACCAGAUAAUUAUACACCGGCCACUAGUGAAAGCUUGCAAAGCCAGUCGAAGCCAGCCGAGGUCUUUGACGAUUCUGCCUUUGAAGCGGCAUUUGCGGAGGCCCGCGCAGAAAUUGAGUUACAGGAAUCUGCGCGGCAACAGGAGAAUUUAGAACCGACACCAGAGGUGCCAGAGCGAGCGCCACUUGAGACCAUUAGAAUCGGUUCCGACAAUAUACCCGCCCAGCUUAAAGAAGGAAUGAACGAGUCUGAUGAACUGUCCAAGACCGCGGGAGAGCUACUUGACCGUGUGAGCCAUGAUCAAAGCCAGAAGUUCAAACAGAGCAACUUCCUUGCUUUGAUGAGACAGCUCCGUGACCGCGAAAUUGUCGUCGACGGUGACGAGUUCCGCAAAGUCAGUACUCACUCAUAG